ACGAGAUUGUAUUUUGGUGACUGACAUUUUGAAAGGUGGAAACUGUAAGUUUGCAAGUUUGAGGUGGGCGUGUGUCAAGGCACAGCGAUGGAAAACACUUUUGAAAAAAUUGGUGCAUCUUUCACUAACACCUACUUCAACAUGUUUGACACUUCAAGAGAAAGUGUCGGCCAGUUUUACCUUCCAAAUGCAAUGCUGACCUUUGAAGGUGACCAGGUCCAAGGACCCGAGGCAAUUGUUGCAAAAUUCAAGUCAUUGACUUUUCAGAAGGUUCAGCAUGUAAUUACAACAACAGACACUCAGCCCACCACUGAAGGUGGUGUCAUUAUCUUAGUUGUAGGACAAUUAAAAACUGAUGAUGACCCUCCAAAUGCGUUUAUCCGAACAUUUUGUCUGAAGCCAGUAAAUGGAAGUUUUGCAGUGUUUCAUGAUAUAUUUCGACUAGGCUUGCACAACUUAUGAUUUUCAUAAAAGACGGUGUGACAGCUGAAAAAUGAAAAACCUGUGCUGAACUGGAGCAGAUGAAACAGAACUUGAGCUAGUCUGAGUGGCACAUGAAGUGGACAUUCUAGAGCAAAGCUGUUGUAUCUUGAAGGAAGAAGAUCGAGAAGUUUAGGUCUUGGCAUAGCUUUUUUUACCCGUUUUUGAGACUUGAUAUAAAUCCAUCUUGGGCAUUACCCCUUUUGUUGUUGUAUUCCUGACAGAGAUUGUUACGUGAUGCUUUUGGAAUGUAGUGAUUAAGAGACGAGCAAAUUGUUUCUGUUCGGGAACAUAAUUUAAGUGGUUUCAUGUUGGUAAGGGGAAUGGAUUACUGAACAGUGUGUCCAAAGUUUUCAUUUUACGUCAUUAUGUAAAUGAUUCCAACAUCUGUAAAUAAUGGCCUCGCUAUCAUUGUAGCUUUGACACACAAAAUUAUUACCAAAUUCAAUGUGUUGGUCCUAUUUAGUCCUACUCAUUUGUAUGCUACGUUUGCUGACUAGUAAUGUGUAGCCAAAUGCGUUUGCUAGUAAUACAUUUAUAAAUGCUACAUUUUUUUAGCCUUUUUGAUUUAUACUUGGAUUAGAUCCACAUGAAGGGCCUUGUCACCUUGAAAUUCAAGAUGGGUUCUUUCCUUGUUUUUAUAUUAAAUCAUCAUGCCAUAAGUAACCAAGUGUAGUUAAUAUAAUAAUGUUCCUGAUGACCUUGUGCAAGCAUGCAAGCUUAACCCCUGUCUUCGGUUUUAAAAACAAAAUGCACAGAUGAAAUAAAUGCGUCUUUGUUUUAUAAGAAAAU